AUGACCACCGUAGACCAAUUGGCCAAGGUAUUGGAGGAUAUCUCUAUCAAAGACGAUUACCUCUCCGAUGAAGAGCCUUCCUUUGUACUUAGCGGAGAAAAACAUGAACCUGAAUUGGUAAAUUCGUAUGACCAAAAGUUUGCCCAAUUGCUCGAGUUGGUGGAUAGGUAUGAAAAACUAGCGAAUGGCAAAUUCAGAUUAAACUUCAUCAAUGGGAGCUUAAACUUAAGUAGAUCGAACUAUAACAAUCGUUUACUGUUGGGGAAGAAGUAUGGACCUGACUCCUACGAUUUGAGGCCGUAUGAUAGCUGUAAGACUGUAGAUAUUGUAGCCAAUGGUGGAAAGUUUCAGUUGGUAGAUCAGCGAGCCAAGCAGGUAGAACGUGAAAAUAUAGAGAAGAAUAAUAAAAAAACCGUUAAUAACAUACAACCUGAAAGGAAAGAUGACUCGAGUAUUAAAGACCAGCAUAAAGGGGGACCGGCUGAAGCUGCGAAUAUAAACGGUGACGGCGGCGGCGGUGGUGUUGUAGUGACUGGUAUAAGUAGUGAAUCUUCUUCUGCCGGUGCCGGUACAUUGAAAAAUCGAAAGGACCAAGCAAAGAAGCUUAAUCUGGAAAUUCAAGCUCAAUCCUUGGAAUCAAAAUCUUCUUCUGCUGAAGAAAGAAAAUUAGUAGACCCCUUACUUCAAUUCGGCGGAUUGGUGCCGUAUCAACUAAGACAGUCUCAGAAGUAUUUUGAAGAGUGGUUGAGCGAUUCGAUUCAGGUGUUGAACUUACAAACUGAGAUCAGCAAGUUGAUAAAGGAAAUUGAAAGGGAAAGCACAGGUGCCAAAGAAACAACGGACAAAGGUUCCGAAAGCAGACUGAUUUGA